CACGGUGACGGCAAGUUGAGUGAAAAGGAUUGAUUCCUUUUUUUCACUCUGUUAUACCUGCUCGGAGUGGAAAAAUGGAUCGGAGCUCUUUCCGGUCGGGAAUGCGAAAAUCCCGUUCUAAACCCGACAUAUACUCAACCUUCGUGGUUCACGAUGACGAAGGCGAUGACGACGACGGCGUAGAGACUAAUCGCCGGCGGAAAUCCGGCGGCGCGCAGCCGCAUGAAGAUCCUUACGCGACCAUGGUGUACAAAGACAACGGCCGCGACGACGACGACGACGAAUACUCCUCUCUCCCUCCGCUUCUCAAGCACCUCCCCAAGGACUUCGGCGGCGGAGCGCCGCUGGACUACGAUGACGACGAUGACGACGACGCUGGCGACUUCGGCACCAUGAUUGUGAAGAGCGACCGUAGACGGCAUAACGAUCGCCCUUCUUCCAGCUUGGCUUCGCCGCCGUGGAAGUCUCGGAGUUCGUCUCAGGCGAGUCCUAUGAAUAGAUUCGGCGAAGGGGAAGACGACGGUGAUGAGGAGGACGAUAGUGGCGGAUUCUCGACAUUCGUCGUUCGUUCGACGGUGAAGUCUGGCGAGAGAGAGUCGGUAAGCGGAACAGUUGUACGACGGUCCUCCGGGGGCAGCGGCGGUGUCGGUUCGACGAUGGAGAGAGCGGUGGCGAGCAUGCAGGGGAUGGGAGAUUUUGGAUUCGGAAAGCAGAGAAAGGGAAGUGGAUCUUCGCAGAACGAUGAGGGGAGGCAUCACUCGAUAACGACGAAGGUUUCGACGAGUUCGAUUCCUGAAAGUAUUACCAGAGAGGACCCAACGAUUAAAUACGAAUUGCUCAAUGAACUUGGGAAGGGGUCCUAUGGAGCUGUUUACAAAGCAAGGGAUUUGAAAACCUCGGAGAUGGUUGCCAUCAAAGUGAUAUCGUUAUCCGAAGGGGAGGAGGGGUAUGAGGAAAUCCGUGGUGAGAUUGAAAUGUUACAACAAUGUAAUCAUCCUAAUGUUGUCCGUUAUCUUGGAAGCUAUCAAGGAGAAGAGUAUCUUUGGAUAGUGAUGGAAUACUGUGGUGGUGGUAGUGUUGCUGAUUUAAUGGGUGUGACUGACGAGUCACUGGAUGAAGGUCAAAUAGCAUAUAUCUGUAGAGAAGCACUGAAGGGUCUUGAUUAUCUGCACUCAAUUUUUAAAGUCCAUAGAGACAUCAAAGGUGGGAAUAUCUUAUUAACUGAGCAAGGGGAUGUCAAGCUAGGGGAUUUUGGUGUUGCUGCACAGCUUACAAGGACCAUGUCAAAGCGGAAUACGUUCAUUGGAACUCCUCAUUGGAUGGCUCCAGAAGUUAUUCAGGAAAGUCGCUAUGAUGGAAAGGUUGAUGUUUGGGCUCUUGGUGUGUCUGCUAUUGAAAUGGCUGAGGGUGUUCCUCCAAGAUCUGACGUACAUCCAAUGAGGGUUUUAUUCAUGAUAUCAAUUGAACCAGCUCCGAUGCUUGAGGAUAAAGAAAAAUGGUCUCUGUAUUUCCAUGAUUUUGUUGCAAAGUGCCUAACCAAAGAGCCUCGGCUCCGUCCUACUGCAUCUGAGAUGUUGAAGCACAAAUUCUUUGAAAAGUGGAAAACUGGAUCUGCUGCAAUGUUGCCAAAAUUAGAGAAGGCAAGGGAAAUCAGGGCUUCAAUGGCUUUGCAGGUGCAAACACUUGCUCCAGCAGCAUCAGAAGAUCAGCUAGUUUCAAAACCAAAUGAUGAAUAUGGAGACACUGUUCCAUCAAGACCUCAUAACAUUGGCGUUGAAGGGGCUGCUAAUUUGUCAUCACGUGGCACUGUGAGGAAGCUACGUGAGGUGGAAGAUGUAGACAUGAGUGAAGGAGUUGAAUAUUAUGAUUUAUGUGGAUUAUUGGCAGGCAACUUUGGCACUGUUAUAGUCCAUGCUGAUGAGUUACAUCAGAAGACUACACAAUAUACAGAUUCUGCAGUUUCCGACUCUGCUGUACCAAGUGGCACAGGAGGCAGAUUGGCUGACUCUGGGAUUGAGAAUCAGAAAGUUGACUUGACGAAGACCACCUCUUUAAGAGGAUCUAGUGCUACUACCAAUACUAUUCAAUCAUCUAUACCUUAUGCUAGUGAUUCAACUGAGCAGAGCCUCAGAAUCAAAGGUAGUUAUCGAGCACCAGCUGGAAUGGGUAGUGAUAUAUUCAGGGGGGAAACCGGCAGCCGUAAAGCAUUUGCUUUACAAGAUAAGCUCUGGUCCAUUUAUGCUGCUGGUAAUACUGUGCCUAUCCCAUUCUUAAGGGCAACAGAUAUAUCACCUAUUGCUCUCUUGUCAGACAACGUACUUGGUGGCCUACAACAGGAUACUGGUGGAACCGGAACAGUGGAAGCACUGCAAGAGCUUUUCAGUGGUGAUGGACAGUCCAAGAAGGGCCGCAGAGCGCUAAAUGAGCAGAUGCCUCUUCCUCCAAGCAUUUACCAAAGGUUGACAUCAAGUUCAACACUUAUGAAUUUGGCACAGGCUUUAGCUUACCAUAAGAUGUGUUACGAGGAUAUGCCACUGCAAGAGCUGCAAGCGACCCAGGAGCAGCGAACUAUUCAAAAUCUCUCUGACACACUUCGAACCAUACUUCGGUUGUAGGUAGGUAGGAUAUCUUCUUACGACUAUUUUAGUCCCCAAACCUUACUGGCCUCAAAGAUCACAGAAUCAUUCUCUUUUGUCGUAUCAUUUAUAUAUAUAUAUAUGCUAAUCAGUGGCAGAUAAGCCGCAGCUGCCUUUUAUUUAUUAUACAUAUUUUUUAGGUGUAUGAUUGUGUAACUAGUACCCCUAAAGUUUUGCCGGUUUCUUUCACCCUUUUUCUUAGUUUUGUUAAGUAAACCCUAGAAUAAUAGGUUUUUGUAAGCUGCCACAUAUUUGUAUGUAAAUAGUGUAUGCAUGACUUUCAACUAACACUGUUGCAUUUGUUCACGUUGUAGUCAUUAGUGGGAGUUUUAAAGGAAUGUAAGAAUUUUCUGAACCAUAUUUGAAUUAUAAUAUGAAUGGAUGGAUGAAUUAGUUUCAUUCAGUGGUUA